AUGGAGGCCAUAUGGGUUCCAAUCGUGGUAGUGCUGCUCAUAGGGACGUCACAUACAAAAAAUUCCAGUGAUUUUGUCCCUCCUCAUAAGUGGGAAGGAGUUACACCCGGCCGGAGUGUCCCAACUGGUCUACACGUUAGACAGAAUUUAAACACCGAGCACAUAAAGGCUAAACUUAUGGAUGUGAUGUCUAACACUUCCAACAUAAUUUCAGUUAAAAAAGCUUCUUUGAAAGCAAUUAGCGCUGCUACUCAGGGGAAUUCUGAUGUUCAAGUAGUCGCAUUUCAAAAUGGUGUGGUUGACCAACUACAUUCUUUUUUGAAAGCAAGCAUGGAUGAGCAAGAUUCAUUGGAAUUCACGACAUUACUAUCAGGAGGAGUGUCAACGUUAAGUGCGUUGCUGCGUAACUUCCCAAUUGCUCAAAAACAGUUCUUUUCAACUUCAGUAAUGUCGCCAUCUGGUUUCGAGCUGCUUGCACAACUAAGUCGUCUAAAUGUUACAAAUGGCAUUCGAGGCUUGCGGGUUCGAAUCCUGACGCUUCUGACAGAUCUUUACAGUGAGCGGCUUGAUACCCAAAUAGCUUUUGGGGAAGACCCCACAAAAACAAAAAUGGAUGUAUGGAAUAUAUAUGCUAGCAUCCCUUUCGAAGAAAACUUUCUAAUGUAUGGAUUUUGCGAAACCCUACAUAUUUCUUUACUUCAAGAUGUUCAAAGGGGUAUGGGAUAUAACGAUUUAAGUGCACCAGUAAAUCAUGAUAUACGUGAAAAAGUUAUAACAGCGUGCUUAAAGUUUUUCAACGUAUGUGAUUGGAAAUCACUCAAUUUCUCAAACAAACAACAUAUUCUAAGCUUAUUGGACUCAAUCAUACACGAGUACAAGCUGCGCUCGAAAAGUCAACAUGAUCUAUUUAUUCGACCAGCCAUUAUCAACGCUGAAGCUGGUAUGAACUUGCAUCUAUUUGGUAGAUUCUACAGUUAUUUCUCGAAAUGGAUAUACUUGGUAAACAUUUUCUAA